AUGGAUACCCAGGAGGGAAGAGAUGGAUACCCGGAAGAGACGAGUGGAUACCCAGAAGGAGAAGAGGUGGAUACCCGGGAGGAGAAGAGGUGGAUACCAGAAGGAGAAGAGGUGGAUACCAGAAGGAGAAAGGUGGAAUACCCGGAGGAGAAGAGGUCGAUACAGAAUGAGAAGAGGUGGAUACCAGAAGGAGAAAGAGGUGGAUACCCGGAGGAGAAGAAGGUGUAUACCCAGGAGGAGAGAGCUCCAUCUUCUACCUACAGUUCCCCUGAUGGGGGCCACAGCAAGCACCAUGAGUCUCUCCUGGCUGCCCCUGAAAAAACCCACGGAAUCAUUCUGGAUUAUGAGAUUAAUUACCAUGAGAAGUUGAAGUGUAUCUACUGCUACCAUAACCGAACCACAGGGGAGUUCAUACCGGAGAAUGCCAUUGCCCACGACCAUGCCGCUCAAAGGAGUUCUUGCCCGCAUCGCGGGCUGAAGGCCGUCACGCCAUACGUGGUCCAGGUCCGGGCCCGCACGGUGGCCGGUACGGUCGCUACAGCAGCCCCGCGACUUCAGCACCAACCUGCAAGUGACCCAGAGAAGUCUCUUCAGGAGCAGCUGCCACUCAUCGUGGGUUUGGCCACUGGCGGUCUAGUCUUCAUCAUAGCUGUCGUUGUCAUCGCCAUCGUCUGCCUGAGGAAGCAGAGGAAUGGCUCUGAGUCAGAGUACACAGAGAAACUGCAGCAGUACAUCACGCCGGGAAUGAAGGUCUAUAUCGACCCCUUCACCUACGAGGACCCCAACGAGGCCGUCCGAGAGUUCGCGAAGGAGAUCGACAUCUCCUGCGUGAAGAUCGAGGAGGUCAUCGGCGCAGGUAACCAACCAAAGCUCCUGAGCUACAGGGGGAAGACUGCUAGUCACCUCCAGGCCAUACCGUUAGAGGACUUCACGCCAAGCGGAGAGUUUGGGGAGGUGUGUCGUGGGCGUCUGAAGCUGCCUGGACGACGGGAGAUUAUUGUGGCUAUCAAGACACUCAAGGUGGGCUACACCGACAGGCAAAGGCGGGACUUCCUGAGCGAAGCGAGCAUCAUGGGACAGUUUGACCACCCGAACAUCAUCCGGUUGGAGGGCGUGGUCACCAAGAGCCGACCAGUCAUGAUCGUCACAGAGUUUAUGGAGAACGGAGCGUUGGACUCUUUCUUAAGGCUCAAUGACGGGCAGUUCACAGUGAUCCAGCUGGUGGGCAUGUUGCGUGGCAUCGCCGCGGGCAUGAAGUACCUCUCUGAUAUGAACUACGUUCACCGGGACCUGGCAGCUCGCAACAUUCUGGUCAACAGCAACCUGGUGUGUAAGGUGUCCGACUUCGGCCUGUCGCGAUUCCUUGAAGACGACGCCACGGACCCAACAUAUACUAGCUCACUGGGAGGCAAGAUUCCGAUUCGCUGGACGGCUCCCGAGGCCAUUGCCUACAGGAAGUUCACCUCGGCCAGUGACGUGUGGAGCUAUGGCAUUGUUAUGUGGGAAGUGAUGUCGUACGGAGAGCGGCCAUAUUGGGACAUGAGCAACCAGGACGUUAUAAACGCAGUGGAGCAGGACUACCGGCUGCCCCCGCCCAUGGACUGCCCAACGGCACUGCACCAGCUCAUGCUUGACUGCUGGGUCAAGGAAAGGAACCUCCGGCCUAAGUUCUCCCAGAUCGUCGCAACACUGGACAAGCUCAUCCGCAAUGCCGCCAGCCUCAAGGUGGUCACCAGCAGCACGCACUCUUCGGGGGCGUCGCAGCCCCUGCUCGACCGAUGUGUCCCUGACUACACCACCUUCACCACCGUGGGAGACUGGCUGGACGCAAUCAAGAUGAGCCGCUACGGUGACAAUUUCCUCAACGCCGGAUUUGCCUCCUUCGACCUCGUGGCCCAAAUGACAGCAGAAGAUCUUCUUCGGAUAGGAGUGACAUUGGCAGGCCACCAGAAGAAGAUUCUAGGCAGCAUUCAGGACAUGAGACUACAGAUGAACCAAACACUGCCUGUCCAGGUCUGAGAUGGACCAACCAGAGAGACAGGACAGGAAGGAGAGGAACUGUGCCAGAGAGAGCCAACGGGAAACCCUAGCUGCCUGACCAUCUCAGCCAAUCAGAUGACGACAAACCUGGCUUGCAGUGCCUCGAAGGGACUAGACAUUGUUGCUUCUUCUUCUGUCUUCCACGCCAAUGUUUCCUGUUGUGUUCUACGUUAUUAGUCCCACGUUUUGACAAGGUUUAGCUGAAUGAUUUUUGUAAAAAAAAAAAAAACUGUUUCUAAAGAGAAGAAACGGAACCCAUAAUCCCAUGUGUGCCUCACUUGGUCCAGUGUGGGGUGAUCGUUUGCAUGCGCGCGUGUGUUUUCGUGAGGAUGGCUGGGACUCAACCCCUUCCCACCCCACCCAUCUCCUUGUAUCCUGAACUUGGUCAUCCUCCUGUGAAAACCCAUCUCCUUGAACCUUGAACCUUGACCCUAACAUCUGUCGGACAGCCCCCCUGACAGACAUUAAAGUUGGAAGUGGACGAACAUUGUUUGAGUUUAAAAAUACAGAAAAAAGCUGAAAAAGUGAACAAGCGUUCACACGCAAAAAAAUGAAGUGUUUGGACACGAUAGAUGAAAUCCUUCCCAUGCUACAACUUGUGUGUGUGUGUGUGUGUUAUUCCCCAUCUUCAUAUUGAAGGUGUAUUAUUAUAAACAAGGCCACUGAGAAGGACGUGGAGGAGAAGUGUAAAGGGUGAAAGGUCAGAAGAUCACCAGAGGUCAAAUGAGAGCAUCUGAGAUGGCCGCACUAGUUUGGCCUAAAAAGUCUCCGACAGACCUCUUUCUAAGACGUAGGGGAGAACAUUGGCUCAUAUGCCUCAUCAACUGUGUCUGUCCUACUAUAAUAAUUGUUGUCUAUUUGUUUUUAUCAGCCCUCCAUUUAGAUUUUCUGUUCCAUAGUUAUUGGGGUUUGUGUUUCAAGAUAGUACUUCCUGUUUGGCUGGUCAGAGUUUAGUACUUCUUGUUGGCUGGUCAGAGCUAAGUACUUCCUGUUGGACUCUUUCUGUGAUGUCGGGGAGCUAGGCGAGGACUGUGGCAACAUACCGGCCUUUUGUGUGUUGAGUGUGUUUGUGUGUGUGUGUUUAUGAAUGCGAGAGUGUAACAAGUUACACACACAUACUGUACAAUGCAGCUUCAGCUAUAUCCCCACUGUGGAGAAUUAGCGCAUGAACUGAACAGUGACAAGGAGCAACAAUUAUAUGGGAAACAGUUACGCUUUAUUCUGUGGACAAACUGUUCAUGUUUUUUAUUUUAUUGAAAUACAAAAUGUUUGGAAAUAUACACUAUAUGCAUCCACAAUAGAGCAGACACACGUAACUUUCUUUUUACAUUUAUCUGGAUGUUAAAUUAAUCCAAAAAACUCUAGUUUAAUUUCUCUACUUCCACCCACUGUAUUUAUUUCUCUCCCCACUUGGACAAACAGGCCAUUUGAACUGUGGACUCAUUCUAAAGAAUGAUGAAGAGGAUUCCAAGAGGAUUCCAAGAGGAUUCCAAGAGGAGUUCCAAGAGGAUUCCAAGAGGAGUUCAAAGAGGAUUCCGAGAGGAUUCCGAGAGGAUUCCAAGAGGAUUCCAAGAGAAGUUCCAAGAGGAUUCCAAGAGGAGUUCCAAGAGGAUUCCGAGAGGAUUCCGAGAGGAUUCCAAGAGGAGUUCAAAGAGGAUUCCAAGAGGAUUCCAAGAGGAUUCCAAGAGGAGUUCCAAGAGGAUUCCGAGAGGAUUCCGAGAGGAUUCCAAGAGGAUUCCAAGAGGAUUCAAAAAGGUGUUCCGAGAGGAUUCAGUAAAUGAAUUAAUGAUUAUAAAAACAAAAAAAAGCAUAUAAAAUUGGAUAUUGUAUUUUUGUUGUUGUUCUAAACAGCCUGUACAUGUUUUGUAACAAAAAUAAGAUAAAUUACAUGAAAACAAAAUGAAGUUUGAUCAACUGGGAAAAUGUUAUUGUGAGAUUGAUCAUUUGAUUCCAAGUUAAAUGAGCAGAUAGAGAGAGACUAUUUGGAGAGAGCAGAUAGAGAGAAUGCAG